AUGCUUUGUCCAACGCCAACGCCUUUCUACGUUCUCCUUGUGUUCGCGGUAUCUUCAAGCAACGCAGAAGAGGCUCUAGGAAGCGGGAGUGUCCGUGCCGAACCGACCAUCGGAUUGUAA